AUGACUUCCGGAAUAGACUUGCAGGCUUUGCUCAGUCUAACGAAGUCACAAUACCGGAUCAAUCAUUCGUCACCAGCUGGUCGCGGCCAUGUCGCAGACACAGACGCCGAAAUCUUCCAAACGCUGGUGAGAGAAGUCUACAAAGAAACUGCUCUAUCGUUCAACCCUGUCAAAGCGAGCACAAAGCCAUUUGCUUAUGCCACAGAGAAGACGGUUAAGCAGGGUGAGGAGAAGGUUGUGUUGCCAAAGUCCUCCUUGCAGCUCAAUUUUGUGUGCGAGGCAGCUGAAGAUGAAGUUGGGGGCUUCGAGAUGACGAAGGAGAUGAGGCUUGUUGUUGAAGACGCCAUUCGCUGGAAAGAAAGUCAGGCAGUAGCAAUCCAGGAGUAA